GCCUGCUGGACCCAUGCAUACCCGGCCCGCAGAAGAACCCUUCGCCGUCAUUGGAGCUGAUUUCGUCGGCCCACUUCCUCGUUCCAAACAAGUACAUGGAAUCUAUCGACCUCACCUGUUCUUCUCCGCCACGCGACUACGCUGGCGAUGCACCCCCAAUGACGCCGGAUCGUGCGGAGCAGCGCUAUUCCUCGUACCCGCAUCCUCAGGGUGAGUCGCCUGAAAAGGGGGAGUCACUAUACACCCCGUGGGACAAGGAUGACCCGUUCUACUUGGCUGGCCUACCAGCCAGAUACGACUUCACCAGCGAGGGGGAAUCGGAGGAGAGGCCAUAUGAGGAGGACGACGAGUCCAAACAGGAGGAGAGCAGCGAGGCGGAAGAGCCCCGGUUUCGACUCCCACCAGGCGCCUGGUCACCCAGACCCGGGCAACGCCGCGACCCGCGACUAGGGCAUGGGCUGUAUGCUCGACCCCCGUCGCCGACCGAGACGGAGGUGCAACGGUACCGGCCUCCGCCCACUGAGGAUAGCGACACGGAUGAACCGUUUUUCAUCGAGGAGGUAGACCGUACGGUGACCUACGAGCCGGCCAUCCGCCCAUGGGGAAUGCGGGUAACCCGUAUUGACCGGGCGGUGGUGGAUGUUAUCCUCCCUCCAGGGGAAACCCUCACAUCCUAUUUCGAGCUGCCAGAGCACUGGAAUUAUCGGGGGCCAGCGAUCGCUGACCGCCCGGUGCCACCACCCUACUUCCCGCCAGCCUUUCGGCGCCCGACGACGCCCGUUCUACGCCGACUGGAGGAAAUGGAUAUGUCCGACCCCGACGGGUUCCCCCUCCCUAAGUCUUCCUACGACCCGCCGCAAGAGGGUCCACGUUGGGAGUCCGCGUCGUCGGACGACGAGCCGGACGGGCCUCGGUUCCGCCGGCAGUACCCAAGGACAUCCCCAGCCAACGAGGAGUCCGACUCUCUCGACGACCUGCUGGAGGUCUUGGGGCAGGAUUUGGUUCCGUUGCAGGAGGAGGAGGAGAAACCCCUGAUGACUGAGGUAGCCCAGGAAAGCGAGCUGGUGGAAGCUCCUGCCGAGUGGAAGGUAGAAACGCCUCAACGCCAACUACCCCGGGGCCUAGUCGAGGAGGUCCGCUGCAGCGAGGGACGCGGAACUAGGACAAGGUUCACGCAUACCUUCCUCGAUACCACAUACCAGGUGAACCGAACCAAAACCGGACGUAUCCGGAUUUUUAUUCGCCCUGCAGGAAAGGGGGGAGUGUGACGCACCAUACGGCGCCACAACAAUAAAUAAGCGUUUCGAUAACAUAUGUACCAGUGUUUUCUCUUAUACUUGGUCACUCACCCAGCUGUGCUGAGUUAACAGCGCAUUUGCAAAGAGAGUUCACAGAGCAUGCGCAGCGCAAAAAUGAGCAAAGCGAGUUCAUAGAGCAUGCGCAGCGCAAAUAUGAGCCAAGCAAGUUGACAGCGCGUGCGCAGCGCAAAAAUGAG